CCGCGACUUCAAGGGCGACCCCCUCGGAGGGGGCUCUGGGCGCGCGGCGCGUCCGGCCCCGGGGCUCGGGCGCCUCCGCGCGCACCCGGUGGGGCCAUGCCCGGGCUGCGCCGGGACCGCCUGCUGACCCUGCUGCUGCUGGGCGCGCUGCUGGCCGCCGACCUCUACUUCCACCUCGGGCCCCGCGUACGGCGCCGCCUGCAGCACCGGGAGCGCCCGCUCGGCUGCCCGUGCGCCCGCCGUGCCGCCUCCCCGGCCCCAGCCCCGGCGCCCUCGGCGCCCUCGGCCCCCUCGGCCCCCUCGGCCCCGCGGCGGGUCGAGCCGGGCGGCGGCGGCGAUCCCGGCUCCAAGCUGCGGGCCCUCUUCGCGCACCCGCUGUACAACGAGCCGGAGGAGCCGCCGCUCCUGGGGCCCGAAGACUCGCUGCUGGCCGGCCCGGAGGCGCUGCGCUAUUACCGGAGGAAGGUGGCCCGCUGGAACAGACGACGCAAGAUGUACAAAGAGCAGCUGAACCUCACGUCCCCGGAACCCCCAGUGCAGCUCCGCCAGGAUGCCAGCUGGGUCCAGUUCCACCUGGGGAUCAACCGCCACGGCCUGUACCCCCGGUCCAGCCCCGUCGUCAGCAAACUCCUUCAGGACAUGAGGCACUUUCCCACCAUCAGCGCUGAUUACAGUCAGGACGAGAAGGCCCUGCUUGGAGCCUGCGACUGCUCCCAGAUCGUGAAACCCAGUGGCGUCCACCUCAAACUGGUUCUGAGGUUCUCGGACUUUGGGAAGGCCAUGUUCAAACCGAUGAGACAGCAGCGAGAUGAAGAGACGCCCGAGGACUUCUUCUAUUUCAUCGACUUUCAGAGACACAACGCGGAGAUUGCCGCUUUCCACCUGGACAGGAUUCUGGACUUCCGGCGGGUGCCGCCGACCGUGGGCAGGCUGGUCAACGUCACCAAGGAGAUCCUGGAGGUGACCAGGAAUGAAAUCCUGCAGAGCGUUUUCUUUGUCUCUCCAGCCAACAACGUGUGCCUCUUCGCCAAAUGUCCGUACAUGUGCAAGACGGAGUACGCCGUGUGCGGCAGCCCGCACCUGCUGGAGGGCUCCCUGUCCGCCUUCCUGCCAUCCCUCAACCUGGCCCCGCGGCUCUCCGUGCCCAGCCCCUGGAUCCGCUCCUACUCGCUGGCAGGGAGAGAGGAGUGGGAGGUCAACCCCCUCUACUGCGACGCGGUGAAGCAGGCGUACCCCCACAACAGCAGCAACCGUCUGCUCAACAUCAUCGACAUGGCCAUCUUCGACUUCCUGAUCGGCCCUGGCCCGCCCCAGCGCCUCGCCUCCCCCGCAGGGAACAUGGACCGGCACCACUACGAGAUGUUCACCAGGUUCGGGGAGGACGGCUUCCUGGUCCACCUGGACAACGCCCGGGGGUUCGGCCGGCACUCCCAUGACGAGGUCUCCAUUCUGGCGCCGCUCUUCCAGUGCUGCCGGAUAAAGAGGAAGACGCUCCUGCACCUGCAGCUGCUGGCCCAGGCUGACUAUAGGCUCAGCGAUGUGAUGCGCGAGUCACUGCUGGAGGACCAGCUCAGCCCCGUGCUCACGGAGCCCCAUCUCCUCGCCCUGGACCGCAGGCUGCAGACCAUCCUCAGGACUGUGCAGAACUGCAUUGAGGCCCACGGGGAGCAGAGUGUGGUGGCCGACGGCCCCAUGGGACAGUGGGCCCCAGACUCGAGCCGGGCUAACGCGACAAGCUAGGGGCUGGAGGAGGCACACCCCAGAAAGUGGACCAGAGCCGCGGUGAACUCCGAGUGUGGACCACCGCUUCCCCGGGGCCCCCAUACAGGCUGGGGCCUGGGUCAGGAGCUCAUGAGGCAGGCAGGGCGAGGGGAUGAUUCUGAAAGGGCAGAAGUGUGACCCAGCGAGCCUCCCUCCUUGGAGCACUGGCCUGGGUCCCCUCCCCCGGGAAGCUCUACUCCAUCAAGGCCACAGACACCUGCUGAGCCCACUGGGAACCUGGACACAGGUCUGGCCUGGAGGCCUGGCUCCCGGGACAGCAUUAACUGUCACAAAUAAAAUGACAGGACAUCAGAUGGACUCCUCUAGGUGUUUACUGUGGCCACAAGGAUGAUUCCUGAUCGGCACAGAAACAUCCGGCGUCUCAGAAGCAAAGAACGGAACUACACACGGCGACUCUCCAACUGGUUUAAAGUGCACUCCACACGCUAUCCACGUCCCAGUCACUGUGGCCCAGUCUCAACACAGCCGUCCCCUCUGAUUUCUCAGAUGUGUUAUCACAAGAGGUAAACAGAGGGAUCUGCUCAGGGUAUCCGAAAAGGAUGUUUCCAUCUCAAAGAGUAUAAACAUCGACUGAACUGGCAUCCAGGAUGUCAGGACUGGCAUCGGCAGCUAUAAAAGGCGACGCGAGGGGGUCCGGCAGCGGGACAACACAAGGACGGGCCCGGCAGGGGCGGGAGCCUGGAGGGAGCAGGGCAGCUGGGGCCCGUCCGGCCCGCCAACCAGCGCUGGCUCCCGUGAGGCCCGGCAGUGCCUGCGCCGGGCCCCGAGCGCUGCAGGCUGCCCGGAGCAGUCUGCCGCUCCAGAUGCCCUCCCCUCCGCCGCCCGCUCAGACAGGGCUCAGUCCACUUCACUUCCUAAGCUCCCAGCCGUUCCGGGGGCUUCCUGUCUCGCCAGCCUUGUCUCUGCUGACCUGCUCACAUCUGAAUAGGACGUGUUUCUCACUCCACAGCCCGUGACCACACGCAGGACAGGAGUGGACUCGCAUCGAUCGGUCAGCAGGUCAGCAGGUGACCAGGCUGCUGACGCCACAUCGGCUCUUCUGGUGAAGGCCAGAGGCUCAGGUGCUCGUGACAAGGGGUGGGAAGUCGCGGAGGCGGGUCCCAGGUCAACACCUCUCUGGGCUUCAUCCAGGACCUCGGCCUUGCACCCAGAGACGGCCCCAGGGGGCAGGCUCCAGACAGGCUUCCGGCCCCCCUGGGGGCCCCCACUGCCACGCCCCAGGGUGCGGACACAACGAGCUCCCGCCCCACAGACAGAAUCCCCACCUCAUCCGGACUGCCAAGGAACUGAGGGGCUCAGAGAGGUUAACGAAAAUCACACAGCCUAGGGGGUCACAGCUACACCAAAGUGCUCUUUCCACUGAACACAAAACCGCACCCAGCUUGUGAAGCUGUUGUUGACUUUACAACAAAAAUCAGUCUUCAGUAUAGAGGGACCUUAACCCCAGAGCCGUGCAUCACUGAGGCGUGUCCCUGCCCCUGGGGCUCCCACCUCACGAACUGUUUCUCCUGCUUCGAGCCAGCGUCUCCUUUUGGAGUGGGGGGAACCAGGUAACGACGCACGGAGGGACGGCAGGGACACACGCAGGCAGGGGCAGCCAGGGACGGAACCAGCGGUCUCAAGACCCAAACGGCAGGGCCCCAGGCAGGUUAGGCCCAGCUCCACGUGAGGCCAGCCUCUCGUGUUCAGGUGGCCUGUGAUAAGAGGCGCUGGUCCACUUCACAGACUGAGGGAAACAGAGCUGAGUGUGACCAGCGUGUCCAGUACCUAGGUACCUCCUGACUCACCUGUCCUAAACACACCAUUAUCCUUUCAAUAACACCAAAAUUAAGACUCCACUAUUUGUCAGAAAUACCAUAAAACAGAAGACCCCAGUUAUCAGGUUCUUCCAGCACAUCCAUGACUGAAAACUCUUGUCUCUGUUAGAAACUUGUGUGGUCUCCUGUCCUUACUACUGAUGGCAAAGUGAAAAACUGACAGGGAACAGACAGCCUGUUGGAGAGAGGUCUGGAGGAGCUCAGCCGCCCCCAAACCUGGAGGGCACCCGGGCCUGAGGACUGUAGGAAGUGUAGCUGCUUCUUACUGGUGGUGGUUUAGACAGAGGACGAGAUGGCUGGAUGGCAUCACCAACUCAAUGGGUGUGAGUCUGAGCAAACUCUGGGAGAUGGUGAAGGACAGGGGAGCCUGGCGUGCUGCAGUCCGCGGGAUCACAGAGUCAGACACGACUGAGCGGCUGAACCACCAGCACCAAACAAUGGCAGACGCAGCCACCACAGGCAGUGAGUGGGGGCAGCUGUUUGCCCCCGUUAGACACACAGGGCUGCAGGCUCCCCGGAGCCUCUCAGUACACGUUUGCCCACCAACCUACCCGUGAUCCUUGUUGUCUGUGCUGGGUGUGCAAAGGCACCUCAGCUACUGCUGUUGCUUCAUGAAUGCUGCAACUGACGCCUCAGAGAAGCCAGUUACACUCGAGAACACUAGCCAGAAGCUGAGAACUCCUCUGGGGGGUGUUUUAAACGGCGAAAUCACCAACAGCACAGCUCAAAAAUGCCGACAACAACAAAAAAAGGCAUUAAACAGACCAACAGAAAGGGCGCUGGAUCACAGACCUAAUUCUGAAAGGAGGCCGGGCGCAUGGCGGGCAGGAGAGCACCUCCUCUGCCCCGCUCCAGCCUGGGUGUGGCCGUGACAGUGCCACAAGGGCUGACCUGGAGGUGCAGACAAGUCCCAGCAGGCAGGCAGGCAGGUUUGCAAAAUGCGCAAAUCCAGCCUCCGUGAGGAGCAGCUGUGAGUGAUGACGCAGAGGUGAACAAAGGCGAUGACAAGCUCUCCACCUAGUGGUGACUGGGGAAACCACAGCGCUGCUUACCGACGCUGCAGAGCUGUCAUGAGAGGAGUCUGGGGUUUGGUUUUAGGCUGUCAGGAUGAAGGCACAGCUCUGCGCGCAGGGCCCCAGACUGAACUGCGACUGUGGACUGUGAGGAGUCUGCACUUCACAAGCUUGUCCUUCACCAGCAGCGCUGGCUUCUCUGUAAAAUCCCAGAGGGAAAGGAGGGAGAGGCUUCAGCUUCUCCUCCUCCAGUCUUCCCUGGUGCUCACUAUCACAACAGCUACUUGGGGGUCACAUUAAUUGGUGAUCUAGACGCUGCUUCUCAAUGCUGUUUCAGCCCAUCUAGAAACACACCUGCUAGGGCCCACAAAAAUACAGAACAGGUUCAGCUGUCAAUUUGUGGUUGGAGAGAAGGCGAUGUAAGCAAGCUAACAACAUCACAUAACUUCAAUUUUAUGACAUCAAUACACUCACAUCAUUAAAAAAGGAUUUCAUAUGAGCCAGUGUUUGAGAGGGACAGUUAAUCCACAACCAGUAUAGUCAACCCAGGAAAAUGCUCUUCAAUUGUGUUCUGUUAAAUAUUCCAGCUCCAGUGGGCUGCGGGAGGAGGUGACUGCACCGGGAGGAAGCGCUCGUGCUACGAAGCAGCACCCAGUUCCCGCAGGGCAUGGAGAGAAGCAGCCUACCAUUCUCAGACUCAGCUAAGCCUCCUACGCCUCAGAAACCUGAGGCGUAAACGUUAGAAAUGACUUUGUAUGUGUGCAAAACACAGACACACACCUAAAUAUAUGAACGCACUUAUUAAAUUUAAA